GGGUAAAAGUAAGAAGUAAAAACCGAGGAGGAGGAGUAAAAUAGGCUUUAUCUUUUCGAUCAAGAAACGAAGCCAGCCAGUUUUGAACAUAUAUACAUACACACCCAUCUCUAUAUAUAACACCCACACCCACCCCUCCAGAUUUGAGAUCUCUCAUUGUUUCAACACACGCUUUGCUUACAAUUCAAUCGCACCUGCUUAGCUAUGAGUAAUCAACCCGAAUCAUCCGACCCGAAAGGCACAAAGAGGGAUUUUAGUACUGCCAUUCUGGAGCGAAAGAAGGCGGCCAAUCGCCUUGUUGUUGAUGAAGCGAUUAAUGAUGACAAUUCUGUUGUGGCUCUUCAUCCGGAGACUAUGGAGAAGCUGCAGCUGUUUCGCGGCGAUACGAUACUGAUUAAGGGUAAGAAAAGAAAAGAUACAAUCUGCAUUGCCCUGGCUGAUGACACUUGUGAUGAACCAAAGAUUAGGAUGAACAAGGUUGUCAGAUCAAACCUGAGGGUCAGGCUUGGAGAUGUGGUUUCUGUUCAUCAAUGCGCUGAUGUCAAGUAUGGGAAGCGUGUUCACAUUCUCCCUGUGGAUGACACCAUUGAAGGUGUUACUGGAAAUCUGUUUGAUGCUUAUCUGAAACCUUAUUUCCUAGAGGCAUAUCGACCUGUUAGAAAGGGAGACCUUUUUCUUGUCAGGGGAGGUAUGAGGAGUGUGGAAUUUAAGGUUAUUGAGACUGACCCUGCUGAGUAUUGUGUGGUUGCCCCUGAUACUGAAAUCUUUUGUGAGGGUGAGCCUGUGAGAAGGGAGGAUGAGGAUAGGUUGGACGAAAUCGGUUAUGAUGAUGUUGGUGGUGUCCGUAAACAGAUGGCACAGAUUAGAGAGUUGGUGGAGCUGCCAUUGCGUCAUCCGCAGCUCUUCAAGUCCAUAGGAGUGAAGCCCCCAAAAGGAAUUUUGCUCUAUGGACCACCCGGGUCUGGAAAAACUUUAAUAGCUCGCGCAGUUGCUAAUGAAACAGGUGCAUUCUUCUUUUGUAUUAAUGGACCCGAGAUUAUGUCGAAGUUGGCUGGAGAGAGUGAAAGCAAUCUUAGAAAAGCAUUCGAGGAAGCGGAAAAAAAUGCUCCUUCGAUUAUCUUCAUUGAUGAAAUUGACUCAAUUGCCCCUAAGCGUGAGAAGACUAAUGGGGAAGUUGAGAGGAGAAUUGUUUCCCAGCUGCUGACUCUUAUGGAUGGACUUAAAUCCCGUGCCCAUGUCAUUGUUAUGGGUGCUACAAAUCGUCCCAACAGUAUUGACCCUGCUUUGAGAAGGUUUGGGAGAUUUGAUAGAGAAAUUGAUAUUGGUGUUCCUGAUGAAGUUGGGCGUCUAGAGGUUCUUCGUAUUCAUACCAAGAAUAUGAAGCUUGCUGAAGAUGUCGAUUUGGAAAAAAUUUCGAAGGAGACUCAUGGUUAUGUUGGUGCCGAUCUGGCAGCUCUAUGUACUGAGUCUGCACUCCAAUGUAUUAGGGAAAAGAUGGAUGUCAUUGACUUGGAAGAUGAUACCAUUGAUGCAGAGAUUCUCAAUUCAAUGGCUGUUACUAAUGAACACUUCCAUACUGCUCUCGGAACUAGCAAUCCGUCUGCUCUGCGUGAAACUGUUGUUGAGGUUCCCAAUGUUAGUUGGGAGGAUAUUGGUGGCCUGGAUAAUGUUAAGAGAGAGCUUCAAGAGACUGUUCAGUAUCCUGUGGAGCAUCCUGAGAAGUUUGAGAAGUUUGGUAUGUCGCCUUCUAAGGGUGUGCUUUUCUAUGGGCCACCUGGAUGUGGGAAAACCUUGCUGGCCAAAGCUAUUGCCAAUGAAUGUCAAGCAAAUUUUAUUAGUAUCAAGGGACCUGAAUUGCUCACCAUGUGGUUUGGAGAAAGUGAGGCAAAUGUACGAGAAAUAUUUGACAAGGCUCGUGGAUCUGCCCCUUGUGUGCUAUUCUUUGAUGAACUGGAUUCUAUUGCUACUCAGAGGGGAAGCAGUUCUGGAGAUGCUGGUGGAGCUGCUGAUAGAGUUUUAAAUCAACUUUUGACUGAAAUGGAUGGAAUGUCCGCCAAGAAAACGGUUUUUAUCAUUGGAGCUACUAACAGGCCUGAUAUUAUUGAUCCUGCACUAUUGCGGCCUGGUCGUCUAGAUCAGUUGAUCUACAUCCCUCUUCCUGAUGAAGCUUCCCGAUACUCAAUAUUUAAGUCAUGCCUCAGGAAAUCUCCAGUUUCGAAAGAUGUUGACUUGAAGGCUCUUGCACAGUACACUCAGGGCUUCAGUGGUGCUGAUAUUACUGAAAUAUGCCAGCGUGCGUGCAAAUAUGCUAUCAGGGAAAACAUUGAGAAAGAUAUUGAGAAGGAGAGGAAAAGAAAUGAAAAUUCUGAGGCUAUGGAAGAGGAUGUCGAUGAUGAGGUAUCAGAGAUUAAGGCUGCUCAUUUUGAAGAGUCGAUGAAGUAUGCUCGCAGAAGUGUAAGCGAUGCUGACAUUCGCAAAUAUCAGGCAUUUGCUCAAACAUUGCAGCAGUCCAGAGGAUUUGGUUCUGAAUUCCGAUUUGCAGACACUAGUGCUGCAGCAGCUGCAUCUGAUCCUUUUGCAACUUCUGCUGGCGGAGCUGAUGAAGAUGACUUGUAUAGUUAGGCUGUACCUGUUUAUUUACCAUACACUCGUGUUGUUUUCGAACUACUAUUUUAAUUCUCAACUUACAGUGUAUGGGUAAACUUAUUGCUUUCUUCGGGUAAGAUGGGAUUCAAAGCAUCCAUGGAUAAUUAUUUCAGCAGAACUUGUAUGUUUGGACUUGUGUCUGACUCCUUGUUUAGCAAAUGUAAUUUGCAUAAUUAAAUCAUUAUUUUACAGACUUUCUAUUAAGUUAUCUUUUUGGA